AUGGGCGGUUACGGGAGCUAUGGAGGGUAUGGCGGCUACGGAGGAUAUGGAGGAUACGGCGGUUAUGGUGGCAUGGGCAUGGGAAUGGGUGGAAUGGGGAUGGGGAUGGGAGGUAUGGGAAUGGGCAUGCCAGGACAACCGGGUGACGUCUCCUUGACUCAAAGGAUGGAAUCUGGCACACAAGCAACAUUCGAGCUAAUCUCUUCAAUUGUUGGCGCUUUUGGUGGUUUUGCACAAAUGCUAGAAAGUACAUUCAUGGCAACUCACUCAAGCUUUUUUGCAAUGGUUGGCGUUGCUGAUCAAUUUGCUCAUUUGAGAAAUUACCUAGGUCAAGUUUUGAGCAUCUUUGCAUUAGCAAGAUAUUUGAAGAACUUGUUCUUGCGUGCUACAGGUCGUGCACCUGCCGUUGAUCUGAACCCAAGGGAAUUCGGAGAAUUUGCCAAGCAUGGAGGAGCGAUCGCCGGUCCCAAUGGAGCACCAGGUGCAAAAGCCCGACCAAGCAAACGACCUUUGGUUGUUUUCUUUUUGGCCGUUGUUGGUUUACCUUAUUUGAUGGGUAAAUUGGUUCGCUUGAUCACCGCUCGUCAAGAAGAAGAAAGACUAAGAUUGGAACAACAAGCUGGAGAACCAUUGGAUCCUAGCAAAUUGACUUUCGUACGUUCGAUGUACGUUUAUAAUGCUUCUGAUCCACUAGAGCUCAGCUUGAAAUCGAACGACAUCGUUGCCGUUUUGAGUAAAGUGGAUCCGUCAACAGGACAAGAAUCACAAUGGUGGAAAGGCAGAACGCGAGAUGGAAGGAUUGGAUGGUUCCCUAGCACAUACGUUGAAUCCUUGGAAACGGCAAAAGAACGAGCAUCAAAAUCGAACGAAGCCGGUAAAGCAUAA